AGGAUUAUGCGAUUUAUUUUACAUCCGCAUAUACGUGUCGUGCGGUAACUAAACAUCGACUUGUAUUUCUUAUUUGUUAACAUCAAUAAAACAGUGAUGUAAUGGCGUCUCUUCAAUAUUAGCGAGGAAACACAAACUCCGUGUUAGUUCAUAUCCUCACGAACUGUAAAGUAAGUACUCGAAGGUAGCUAGGUAGGCUAAUGUUUAGCUUUAGUCACAGGAGGUGCGCACUUUUCCGCAACAGUUCCGAUGGCUGUACGCUGGCUAUGCAGUUGUUUUAAAGGGCAGCGGAGGAAGGAAUCUGGUGGUAGAGGCUGUGGGAGGGGCGACAGCAGCCCGACCGCAGUCAGUCAGUCACAGUCAGUCGCUGGAUACUGAAGCUGACCGCAGGAGCAUCGAGAUCUCCCGGAUUUCGGCUUUAUCCCUUUGGAUGCAUCUUUCCUGCACGAGCCGCCCAGCAUUUGGCUGAUGGAAACAGACAUCCGUGAAAAUGUGCGCGAAUGUGUUCGGGGUUUUGAAAAGCCUGUUUGGGAAGCCCUUUGAUGGCGGGAAGAGGAUGGACCAUGGUGGUCCACAGCAGCAGCAACAACAUCCAAUGGAGCAGCAGCAGCCGGCAUAUCAUCCGCAGCACCCUGCCAUGAUGCGGCUGUACGAGAUACAGAAGGAGGUGGCGUCUCUGGGGCCGCAGGUGUGCACCUUCAGCGGCCUUCAGAACGAUCGGGACUACAAGCGUCUGGAGCGAGAGCUGACCCGCCUGCUGCUGGAUGUGGACCAGGUGGACACAGAGGGCAAGCCGGAGCUGCAGGGAGCGCGAAAAAGAGCGGCUCAGGAGGUGGAGGGACUCCUGCGUUAUCUAGAAGAGAACGCCACCCAUCCUUCCCGGCUGGCCAUCGAACAGCUAAGCUACGAGGCGCGGCAGCUGGUGGACGAGCGCGUCGUGGCUCCGCAGCGAGCAGGCGGGGUGACAGAGAUCAACGACGAGUUGGUGGACGCUCUGCAGCAGCUCGUGCUGAGGCUCACUCAGGUCAAGACCGAAGGGAGGGUGCCGCUCCGCAAAGCACGCUACCGGGCGCUAACGCGCCUCUGCGCUGUACAGGAUGUGAUCGAAGGGCGCACGCAGCAGCAGACCCUCUCCCUGCCGCUGUCGGGAGACACCCACGAGGCCGUGAACUGCAUCAACCAGGUGAUGGUAAAGGUGAGCGUGGCCCGCAGCCAGCUGGUGGCGCUGCUGAUGGGUCUGAGCGGGAGGGACAGCUGUGCCCACCUGUCACGCAUCCUGACAGAGAUGCAGGUGGAGCUGGACGCUCUGGAUGUUUCGGGGAACGCGGUGAUCAGAAAUUACAGGAAACAGGUGGUGGAGGAGAUAAACGGGCUGCUGAAACAUCUGGACCUGGAGGGGGAAGGAGACGACACACGCAGGUAUGACUUGGCGCAGAACAACUCCAUCCGAGAGAUCGAGGGCGUGCGAGCUCACAUCUCGCACCUGCGAGAGGGCGUCCUACGACACUGUGUGAUGGGUGACCUCAGCUUCAGACCCAAAGCUGAGCUGCAGGGUCUUCUCACCCAACUGGACCAGGUGGACACGGCGAAGAACCCGUGCAUAAGAGAAGCCCGUCGCCGUGCUGUGGUGGAAGUCCAGGCGGUCAUCACGUUCCUGGACCUACGCGAGGCUCUAGCACACCGCCAGCCAGGCCCCAAUGAGCACCCAUCACAUCGAGCUGUGUGGCAAGUCCUGGGGAGCCUGUCAGAGCUCCAGGCUCAGGUCCUGGGCUUCGACGGCAAGCGGGUCGACAAGAGCUACAUGAUCUUGGAGGAGCUGCUUACCAAACAGCUGCUGGCGCUGGACGCCGUUGACCCGCAAGGCGACGAGACAACCAAGGUGGCACGCAAGCAGGCGGUGAAGUUUGCCCAGAACAUUCUCAACUACCUGGACAUGAAGACAGAUGAGUGGGAGUAUUAAUUAAUUCCAAAACACGAUGGGAUGCUGCAGGAACAAAAGGAGCUGAUAAUGUGUGUAAAAUAAAAAAAAUAAGGAAAUAAACUGGUACAUUAUCAUUCCACGGGCUGUAAAUAUGAAUUCAGAUCCCUAGAAUGCACUGCAGCAGCGCUUUUUCUUUCAUCACUUCGUGGUUGUCAUGGCCGACCCUGCAGAUAAACACAGAACUACUUUUGUGAAACACUUUGAAAAUUCUCUUUGUGCUAUUUGGAGAUAUCUUUUAAAAUCUCCCAUGUAUGUGUGUACCUGUGUGUGCGUGUGAGUGUAUGCGCGCAAAUUGUUAUUUGUUGUCUUUGCAUUUGACGUGUGGCUGUCGAAGCCAAAGCACUAAAUAAUGCCUGUAAAAGUGGUCACAUCCUCUAGACUGCACUUGAUGUUGAUAAAUUAUCCCAGUGUGAUGGAUUGCUUAGCAGUGGUUUCCCUGAUUAAUCAGAGUGUCAGUUGCUAAUGGAGACAGCCGAUGCACGUGUUGAAUACCGUGACCUAAUUAGGAAAAGUUGUCUAUGGCUACCCUAAGAGCUGGGCUUGGUCCAGAGAGUGAUACCUGCUGAUAUAGGGUGAGAAAAGACACCCCACCCCCCCUUCCUUUUAAAAAAAAAAAAAAAAAAAAAAAUUAAGGUAGUUGAAUUAGGUCGAUUCCUUUUUUUUUUUGUUUGUUUGUUUCACUCAGAAAUUGUAAUCACGAAAAGUGAACAGCAGUGUCUAUUUAAUCUGAGGUGAUGUGCUUUUGAAGGUGAAACGUGACAAAUGUUCACAAGCCAGAGAGUGUGCGUUUAAACAGAUGUAAUUAGAGAGGGAACGGUGAGAGUUUACACCGUCCAUGUUAAGUGACUCUCCACCCCUGUGUGACCUCGUUGAUCCCUCAGCAUGUGUUUCAAGUCUCUGGCAGCUCCCCGAAAACACAAAAUCGGACGGCAAACAAAACGUCAGUGUUGAUGCGGUAUCCCCUCGGCUGUGAAUGAAGAGAUGAAAGUUACUCCUCCACCUCCUCGCCGCUUGCGUAGCUGUUCAUCUGUAACGGGUUUCGCGUUUGCUCUGAUUCCUGUAUGAUCGUUUCAGGCUAUUAAUGAAUCAGGGCUAAAUCCAGAGAUAGAGGGGCAGAGGAGAAAUUUUGUCACCGCUGCUGCUGUUUGAGUUGUUUUCUGUUUGUUUGUUUCUACCUACUGCUCUCUCCGGAUGGAGGAGAGACUGUGAGAGGUCCCUGGGGAGAGGAGGAAGAAAGGGAGGAGGGCGAGCAAAGAUAUCCACUGGAUUAACACAUCAAGGCUGAAGCGCACAGGGCCGACAGUCGGGUACUGUUAGGUAGAGGAUUGACGGUGAUGGCAGUCGACAGAGCCUUCUAGAAACUUCUCUAAGCUGCUUCUGCUGCAGACAGCAGGAGGGAGGGAAAGGACUAGUAGAGAAGUCUGUGUGCCUUGAUUUUGACCCUUCCUUAUGACCCGGUUUAUGUAAAAGCAGCCUUGUAGUGCAGCAGCUGAUUAAAGAGCUAAAGAGCAAGCUCUUUUUAUUUUCUUUCUUUUUUUAAAUAUAAAAGUGCACAAUGAGGAAACUAAAGCGCCGAAUGUGUUUAUGGAGAGCACCUUGGUCAUUAUAACCAUCAGAAAUAUGCACUAGUUGUCAGAAACGCUUUUUAAGCAUUCAGCAUGUAUUCCUGAAAAUGCUCCGGCCAGUCAUUUGUAGUAACACAGCGAUGACGCUCCUUUUUUACCAGGCAAAGCGACAUGAGUCAUGGUUUCACGCUGCAAAACAGCCACGCUUCUGGAGCAGCUCUCGUGCUCUGACAGCACUUAGGCGACAUUAGCAGGAAAAUCAACAGAGAAAAACCGAACGACCGGUCUCACCUUCCUGCUUAACCCCCUUCAUCAGCUGACGAGGAGACGAUGGUGGAGGUGUUCCUGAGCGGGAGGAAAAGGCAGCUAAUGAAAGAAUCGCUCCUCAGCUCGUAGCAAGCGUUUUUAGGCAUACGUCGUGAUCUUUGACAGCAGAAAUCCACAACUUGCUUGCUGCUACUUCGCUAUUUCUCUUCACAGUGUGUGCGUGUGUGUGCGCAUCAGUCAGUGUAAAAUUCUGAUAAUUUAGGUGGUCCUCUGCCUUACGGUGACACCUAAGGUGGAAGACGCAUCUGCCAGCUCAUUAAAAAUACCUCAGCAGAGAGCAGAGAAAGAGGAAGUCUUUUUGAAGUUUAUCCGAUUGGUGGUUGAAUAAGACUAAAGCCGUCUCCAGAAUUUCUUGGCUCACAAGACUUCUCGUCAACUGAGAGUCUCUGAUCUCUGUGUGAUUGUGUUUGAACACACACACACUAAGAGGUCAGAUGUUUCCCCUGCAACAAGUUGCUCACAGUGAUUAAAGUCUUUAGGGCGUUGUUGUUCAUCCCAGCUGCAGGAAAUGUGGUCCAGCAUGUUUCGGGGAAGCUUCACCAGCCCUUCUAACUCUUUGAAGCUACUACUGGAAGCAGUUUUCUGGCACAAAGCCUGCAGCUCGGCCUCCUGGGUAGUGAGCUGACUCAUGCGGGGGGAAAUUAGCUUAAACAGUGUUCAUUAAACGUAGCCAGUCUGCCUGGCUGUUGUUGCAACAGAUGCUUUCUCACGGCGAACCUUAUGCUCUCUCAGACCAAACCGACCCAGACACACCUUAUGCUCACGUUUUUUUUUGUACGCAGUAACACACAGAUGUAUGUCUGUUCCUCGCAGGACACUGCAUCAGUGUAUUAUACACGUUUCUUUGAAUAGUUUAUCCAAAGUUUUACGCUGUUAACAGAAGUAUUUAAAUCAUUCCUGUCUCAUUGUCUCAGAGUGUUUGGAAGCCAUACACGUUUAUAUAGUGGUCCUGAAGUCCAGGAUUUUGUUGCGAUGGAUGUUGUUCCCCGGCUCCAAAUAUCGCUCUCACACUUCUAAAACUGCUUUUUUUUUGUAUAUGUACAAUGGCUCUACUAGAUUUAGGUAUUACAAAUUGAUCAUUGUGAAAUUAGUUGUCGCAUUAAAGUCGAGGUGCCUGCGCCUCAGCGUUUUUGUUUACACGAACAAAAGGAGAAAAUCCAUUUUAUAGGUUUAAAAGAUUGAUGAGGAACCAAAUAUGUACAAGGGUUCACGUGUUUUAGGCUAUCGUGAUGUUGCAUGAGUGUGAAUGUUUUGUUGAGGUUACAUGGCAGGGCUUUGAAGGAUAAAGCUGGAGAGAUUUUUAUUUACAUUUUUUCUUGAUUGUCAACAAAACCAAUAAUGUUGUGCAUCUUGGUGGCCCUCAGCUCCGCUUUAGUUGGUUCAUAAUCGGAUACAUUUAACGAGGCUCAUUAAAUGUAUCUAAUUUCCUCAAAAACACAUGGGCAUUGUAGUUUUUUACCAAACAAUUAGAAGGUUCAUGUGUGGGGACUAGUUUAUGCAGUGGAUGUUGUGGCUGUUUGUAUGUUUUUUUUCCAUCUAAGAGUGCAUGUGGGAAAAUACAAAAUACACAGUGUCUUUGUCUGAGAUCAUAAAAAUUACACAUUUACUGGGAUAGUUUAUAUUUUUUUUUUCAUAUGAUUUGUUGACAAAAACACAGAAUAUGAAGGAAUUCUUACUUUAAAACAGAGACAUAUUCUUGCUAAUAUCAAAACCAGCACCAUAAAGCCUGUUUUGCUUUUGUGCAAAUACAUUGCUACGUUUCAUGAAUUGCUUGUUGGAUUGUUAAAAAGUGAAAUGGGUCAUGCUUUAGUUAUAAUUAGAAUGUAUUUACAAGCAGAGGCAGAGUGUAGUUUGCUAUUAACAUGGUAUUUAUAUGCAAAAGCAUUUAAAUAUACAUAGAAGUUGUUGACCAAUGCUUAAAAAUACAUUACAUGCUGCUGCUAAAAGCUAAAUAGUGCUACGCCGAUUAUUUGUGCGUCAUUCCUUUUGUCAUGUUUAACUGGGAAUCUUUCACAUUUCAGUAGUAUAUGUUCCGACACGCUACUCGGCUUGUAGGAUGUCACUUCCUGAGAGCCACGUUGCCAUGGUAACCCAACCUCAUCUGAGUUAAGCCGAGCACAAAUAAAUUUAUCCUUGGCAAACUGAAAACUUUUUAAAUUUAAACACUUAAAUUGAAGCAUUUUUGAUAUCAGGUCUCAGUGCGUUGCAUAAUAGGACAUUUAUGCCCGGUGUGGAGUCCUGCGACACAUCCUCUAAUGUUCCCUCAGAAACAUGCAACUAGUGUAUUUCAGUACAUUCGUUGGUUUCGGCACGCUAAAAAACGACUUCAGUAUGUAAAUUUGGAUGCGAUUCUAAUCGUGCUUUUUGUAAGUUGUUUUUCGUUCCCAAGUUCAAAACAGAAAGUGACUUUUGACUUGUAAUUUGGAUGACCAGCUAGCUACAGACUUUUCUGUGUAAACCUUUACAAGAAGUUAAAGGUAUAAUGUCGAACGUCACUAUGAGCUCAUUUUAUAUUUUGAAAAUUGAAGUUUUGUACUGGAUCACUGCAAUGAUGCUACAGAAAUAAUGAAAUGUUACAAAUUCCACAUCAUGUCUGUUGCACAUGUAAUUCUAAGAAAAAUACCGGAUCAAAAUCAGGGAGGGAAGUGUGUAUUAAGAUAUUUUAAUUAAAACUAGUUCCUUUUUCCAUUACAUAAAUGUGGCUUAAAAGCAAAGCCUAAUUUCAACAUGUAAACUGUGAAUGCAAAAGGUGAACUUUUGCAUUAAAGCUUCCUGGUCAGACAGAUCAUAUGUCAAAAUCUUGUUUCCAGUCUUUUCUUUUUUACGUGACUUGUAAAAUCUAAAUUACAAAGUAUUAUUUUUUGCAAUUAAUAUAUAAACAGCACUUUUUUUAAUGUUAUUAUUUGGGAUCUUUAGUUGAAUAUAGAAAAUAUGAAUGAGACAUGGACUGCUUGAAUUAAAUGAAUUUGAACCAGGGCUCUGUUAUGUUUCACCCCAACACACUGCUGGACUGCUAAAAGCAGCUCAGGGUCAUCCAGAGCAUCUGAACUUGGAGUCCAUUAGACAGGAGUUUAAAAGAUUCAGCUCCAGUGGGUAUUCAGAGGCAGUCCCUUUACAGGACAGUGCAUUUACACCAAACAGCAAACCGGCUGACUUACUCACAGAUGCAAGUUUGCAAGGUUUGAAUUUCCUAAGGUGAAUGUAGUCAUGUUCUGUAUUUCAUAGUACUAGUUUGUUUUACUAAGGACAUAUCAAGUGGAAAUGGGUAAUGUUUAAUAAGAUGGGAUCGGAAACAUAAAAAAGCAUCAGCCAAAAAUGUUUUCAUUAUGUUACAGCUUUUAAGGUCAGCAGAAAUUUACACCAGCAAGUUUGAGACUUAAGGCAACUACAUUUCACUGAAACCUGUAACCAAACAUACUGAUUUAUUUAUUUUUUGAUCAAUACAAGUCAGCUACAAGUCAAUAAUCGAUCAUUUUAACUUGAUGCCACAAAAGGACACCAGCUAAAAUCAGCGUUUACACUUUCAGAUUAAAGAAACGAGAAGGGAUGGGUAACCUUUAAUCCACUAAUGUGAUGGUGUUCUGUCAUUCUGACGUUAUAUUAAUGUGCUCCCAGUGGCAGAGACACCUUCCUCCCCAGUGUGUAGAGAUACUGCUGCGGUGGUGGGAGUGCAUCUCCUUCUGCAGGGCCGUUUGAGUGGCCCAUUCCUGCCAUCCUCCUUUGCCUCUUUAAACCUUGUGCUUGCAUUCCUCCCGGUCCUGCCUGUGCUUUUUCAUGUUGACCAAAAGCCUGUGCAAGUCAUCAGUGUGCUGAUGCCUCUGUUUUGUUUAGUUUCCCCCCUAAUUUCAGUGGUUGUAAUCAUGUGAGUGCCCAUCUGUAGAUUACACUGAGAUUAAAGGGGAGGAUGUGCUUGUCUGAAAUGGGCUUUCGUGACUUUUAAAGGUGCUGAUGGAGGUUAUACCUUUGGACUGAACCUGUAAAUUAUUAGGCUCUAAUUUAAAAUACUUACAGAGCCCACUCUUCAGAUAAAAGUCAGGUAAAUGUGUAUUAAAUAACCAAAAAAAGUAGUCCUCCAUCAAGGCUCAUGUCCCAUCCACAUCAAAAUUUAAUAGGUUCUUCCUUUACACAUUCCUCUCCAUCUCCUGACCUUCGCCUUCUACUCUACUAAAAGCAUCACUGAAAAAAAACAGAAACAAUUUUAGCUGUUGAGCAGAUUGACAUUUUGAUGGUAAACAUGAAGCUUCACAAGCAGCAGUACAUAGCAGGCUGAUGAAUCUUCGGCUGAUCGUUUAAGUGAAAUGUGAAAACGACAGAAUCCCACCGAAAGUAAAAACAAGGUUCCUUCCUGAGCUUUUGCAAAACUUAUAUUUAAGGACAGUUAUUAUUAAAAGUUCAUCAGUCAUGUGUGUUCAUUACUGCUUUGCCUUUCUUAUGACAGGAAUGUGUUUAUAAGUGGUGAAAAUGGGACUGCGUUUUGUUCAUUUUUUCCAAAUGUGUGUCUCAUGAAGUCGCCUUUAACUGCAUUGAUUGUGACAGGCUUCUGAUGUCUCUCCUCCAAAAUGCGCUUGUACAAAAAGCACACUGACUGGAAAAAAACAACAAAAACCCCAUUGUGUGAAUGCUCCAUGGAUGGUUGUGUUCCAAGUUUGUAUUCCCACUGCAAAAAUAAAGACAGUGUGUCUUGUUUA